AUGACUGUCGGCAGGGUGAGAUUUCUACAUCCACAAUCCAGGGAUUUUGCACGAGAGUUGGUGAGUAAGAACUUCAUUCUAGCAAACAAUCUUACUUUUGGGGCUAGUGUCAUGAGUACAAUCUUCAAGGGGUCACUCGAGGUUGUUAACUCCACCAUGACCAGCUUAGAGCCAUUUAGUUUGAACCCAUCCGUCAGCAAUGCUUCGCUUCCCUAUGACACAGCAGCCACAACUACUGAGGGUGUAUUGAUAGCGGACAUCCAAGUCCCGAACCAAAACUGGAUUUUCCUGUUCCUGUUAUUGGUGAUCUUUGUUUCCGUGGUCGGGAACCUCUUGGUAUGUCUCGCUAUUAUGACAGAGAGGGCGCUUCACAGCGCGACGAACUACUUCCUGUUCUCCAUGGCCAUUGCUGACCUCAUGGUGGCACUGUUGGUGAUGCCGAUAGGUUUAGUCAAGUAUUUAUUUGGGGUGUGGCUUUUGGGACCAACGAUGUGUAACAUCUGGGUAUCUCUAGACGUCUUAUGUUGCACCUCAUCUAUAAUGCACAUCUGCACCAUCUCAUUGGAUCGAUACCUUGCCAUCUGUAACCCCUUCACAACGCAAUAUCGAUCACGCUUCCAAACGCCGGGAAAGAUUAUCAUCGUUUGGUUGAUCAGUAUCGCGCUAUGCAGCCCCAUCUUUGUUCUCGGGUUCGUGUCAACGUCUGAGGUCUUAAACCUGGAGAUUUGCAUCAUGACCAAUCGGCUCUUCGCGAUUUAUGGAUCGAUUAUCGCGUUCUUUAUCCCGCUCGUUAUUGUGAUUGUCUCGUACGGGAGAACAGCGUACAUUCUGAACAAAAAGGCCCGAGCGUUCGGUUCAAGUAACAUGAGUAGGAAUCCUUCGGAUCCGUCGCGGGGAGAUACGAGCCCUCAUCGCUCGUCCAUUUUCUCCAAGGCUGUGAUAUGUUACCAACAAUGCACGGAUACCAAUGGCAACAAUGCAACUGACUCAUGCACGUCUGAUAUAUAUGAAAAGAUAGUGAAUGAAGAGUUGCAACUCAAUAUGAUGAACAACAGAAUGUUGAAUCUUAAGGCUGAUACAUUGACUCUUGACGGCAGUCCCAGGAUUCUACGCUCUCCCAGCAACUUGGAGAGGCCAGGACUCGAGAUGCGACGGUCAACGUCUGGGAUGUCAGGUAAAGGCUAUCGGGCAAAGAUCAACACCGAGCGACGAGCUAGUAAGGUCCUCGGUCUUGUCUUUGUGGUGUUUCUAAUCGGAUGGACUCCGUUCUUCAUAACCAACUUCUUUUCCGCCAUGUGUAGCUCGUGUGAUAUUGACCCGACUUACUUCUCCAUCUUUGAAUGGUUGGGGUGGGCCUCGAGUAUGGUCAACCCGUUCAUCUACACAAUCUUCAAUAAGACGUUUCAAAGGACUUUCUGGAAGCUUAUCACGUGUCGAUGGCUCAUUAAGAAGAAGCAUCGUCAUCAGAAACUCAACAGAGCAAGUACAAUUAUUGAGAUCAAACAAACUAACAAUGGUGUAUAACAAUGGUGUCUAAAUGUGCAAUGGGACGUGUGUGUAGCAUUUCAACCUCAUUCCCAGUGGUGUAGAACCUCACCACGCUUUAUCAUAACCCCUGGAAAUGUGACAUUGAAAUAUCCAAAUACUGUUUAUUAGAUAUUCUAAUGAUGCUCGUGGUUGAUUCAUUCUACGCACACAUUCACGAUGGUCACAGACUCUUUCUCCCAAGAAGAAGCAAGAAGCAACUGGUCCACUCUCAUUCUUCUUUGAUCUUGUUAUAUGCCUAUGCUGUUUUAAGUUUAGGGUGACCGUGUAAAAACAUGAUUCAUUUGAAAUGGAUUGCAUCUAAUUACUUGCUUUUUGACAUGUUCGCUCAAAAGUGUUAUCGAAUGUGCAUCACUUUUGGUUAGCCAAAUCCGCAUUGUUUUUCAGCACUUCCCUUCCAGGGGUUAUUGACAAGAGGCAUUAAUAUGGCGCGCUGCCCAUGGCAACGAGGCUAAUUUCAUAAACUUUUUAUCAAGAGCAAAUUAUUAAAAUUACAGUAUGUAAUAAACAAAAUGUGAAGUGUGUGUUAUAAGAAACUGUUACAAAAUGUUUUAAUUAUUAUUUUCACGAAAAGUGUUGUGUUGACGAUAUUUUGUACCUGGGUAUUCCAGAUGGGAGUGCAAUUUAUUUACUGAUUAAACAAAACAUAACUUCUCCUUCAGUGCCUGGGGUUAGGGGAGAUGUUUGUAAGCAGGAUUUAAAUUGGGGUAAAAAUUUACCAGACCUCACUCAGGAUAUGCCAGACCAAAUUUACCAGACCUCAUUUUCGGUACCUAUUAUGGAGAACAAGUACAAAACAAAAAUGGGAAAAAGGGCUCCAAUGGAAAUUUUGUACAAAG